AUGUUCACACAGCCUCAGGAUAAAGAAGUCUUCAGAGAUAGCAAAUUCAACAAAACCAGUAAUAUUCCAUCUCUUAGCUCAAAAAUACACAAACCAUCUGAGAAAAUAGAUAAGGAUGCAAGAGAACAGGAAGUGUUUAAUAGACUUCCUUCUAUUCCUAUUAUAUUGGAGCAAGACAAAACAAGAGAAGAGGCGAGAGUAUCACCGCCACUAGCACUAAAUCCAACUGUAGAAUAUUCUGCACAAGGGUCAUCUUCACAUAAAUUAAUACGUUCUAGUAUGUAUACGGUGCCAGCAGAUGAGGAUUUAUUUGAGUUAAUAGGGCUGCCAUUACUUAUUGUAGCACAGCCAUUUAAUGAGAGUGUUGCUAUUCCUGAGUACAGAACAGAUUAUUUACAUAAGUGCAAAGAGUGUGGGUCAUUUCCCACUGUAUCUGACGAUUUGUUUAGGGGGCAGCAGGAGAGUACUUACCAGUUUAAGUGUGUUAUGUGUGGGACUACGAAUGACUUACCGUAUGACUGCCCACUGCUUAGAGAGCCUACUGUAGAAUACAUAUGCGAGGACAGUUGUAUAAGCAAUAGAAGCUGGUACUCAUCAGACAAUCUACCUAAAUCAGAUAUUUCAUUACCUUCUUGCCGUAAGUGGAAAGAGCCGUGUGUUGUAUUUAUGAUAGACUGCUCGUCCACAUCAAGGAGUAACACUGGAUAUAUUGAAUUUAUGGGAGGAUUAAAGAAUAUUCUUGCAUCGCCAGACUUUUCGUUAUUUUAUAGCAGACUGUCGGUUGUUUUAGUGAAUGAUCAGGUUUCUGUUGUAUCAGAUGGAGAGAUGGGCUACUCUGUAAAUAUAAUACACAAUAUAAAGGGUGAUUACGGCUUGUGCGCACCGCUGUUUAUUGAGACAGCGAAUCUAACAGAGGAAAGGAUUAAUUCUUUAAUUCAAACAAUAGAGAGCACGCCUUCAUCGACAUUCAACAUAUCUGGUGGCAUUACAACAGCAAUACAGCUAGCAGCAUAUACUGGUGGGUGCAAAUUAAUCAGCUGGCUUGGAGGGCAUGAUUAUACAGAAAUACCUGAGAAACUCACACAGACAGCGAUAGACUGCGGUGUUUCACUGACUGUAUUCUCCACGAUUAACAGCAAGCUUGACAAAUUGUAUAAGACGGUUAUGUCAACUGGCGGGUGUGUUGAAAGAGAGAAUAUUACAUCUGGCGUGGUAGAGAAAAUCAUGCAAGAGUCCUUUUUCAGGUGCUCAAUUCGGGUUGUAUGCAGCAAUGGAAUUAAGAAAAGAGCUGUGUACAGCAGUGGGUCCUCUGAGAACAUAUCAAUGAUAUCGUUCCCUGCAAUGUCAGCACCAACAACAUUUGCAGUAAGCUUUUCAGUUGAAGACUUCCUUAAAGAAGGAGAGUCUGUGUAUAUUCAGGCCAUUGUUGAAUACAUAAAUCUAUCUGGAGAGAGCAGGACAAGAAUUCUUAACUUAAGACUAAAAGCAAGUAGGCUGAUUCAGCAGGUGUUCACAGGAAUGACCAUGGAUGCAAUGUUCUGUGGAAUAUGUAAGUAUAUAUGCUCUGAUCCGCUGAAUAUGAUAGAGAACAUUAGAAAAGCAGAGACUUCUAUGGUCACAGCACUUGCUCUCUAUAAAAGAGCGUGUGCUAAAGAUACAUCUCCCUCACAAUUAGUACUCCCAGAUACAAUUAAAGGACUGCCCGUGCUUAUUCAGGCAGUUCUUAAGUACCCAAAGGUUCAACUUGGUCCAUCUGUAAAAAUCGAAUUUGCAUGUGAAGUAAUGCCCCUCCCUGUAGACAGAACAUUUAGACUGUUCUAUCCCCGCCUUGUAAAAAUAUCUUCUCUAUUCACAGUGAGACAGAUCGAUGACUUAAUUGGAGAAAGAUUAAGUAUGCGUGCAUUAGACACAGAAGAGAGCUAUAUCAUGGACACAGGAUGCAAAACUAUCCUAUGGUUUGGUAAAGGAGCAGUAGACUAUAUGGAUGAAAUGGUUCAAAAUGAAGUUGUUAUUUCUGCACUGGAUAGGCUUAAAGAGAUAUAUGGCGUAGAAUUAAAGGUUUUGCACUGUGUUCAAGGAGAACUUGAUGCAGAAUUUAUUGGGUAUAUGAUAGAAGAUCAAAUGGGUGGAUAUCCAAAAUAUCAAGAAUAUUUAGGAUCACUGCACGGAAGAAUAGUUAAAAAAUAA